AUUACGCUGAGCAUGAAAACUCAACUUGAGCACGCAGUGGUCAACAGUGACAGUGUUGAAGUGUGCUGGGAAACUCAAGCAAAUCCAUCAGGAUAGUCCCUACAAUGGAUACAUUGGCAGAAGAUUUAGCACGGUCUGAUGUCGAAGCCGAAAUGACGAUGUUGGGUGCGGAAGAUGCACCAGAACAAAAUGUUGAAGCAAGUGAUGAAGUGGAGAACCUUCGAAACAGUUUACGUGAGGCCGUCCACGAUGACAGCGUCCGACCCAAAAUGCAGUGCCUUUUGAUGGACACUUCUUUUUCCAUGGUGACUAUGCAAGGCGAAGACAGCGGGAUCGCAUGGGAAACAACCGCGAGUCGCUGUGCCACACCUUGGACGCCUGCCGCAGGAACAGCGGAUGUUAGCUCACCAGCUUCAGUCCGACUCGGAGCAUCGGGGUCUCAGCCUGCAGGAAAGAUCAUAUUUGUCAUGGAUGAAGAGAUGAUCACAAGACAGAGAAAACCUAAAGAAAGAGUGAACAAUCAGAAGAGCAAAGCGGAAAGAGAGCAAGAACUGUGGGAUGAAACCUUUGACAGCGUCUCAGGGCGACCAGAGUUGGUAGAAGUGUCCCAACCCAAUGUAAAAACAGAAGCGGAAGAGGAACAAGAGGAAGUGACUGAUCUUCUGGAGGACAAAGAGCAGCGUUUGUUCAGGAUAGUGUCAGAAGGUUCAGAAAUCCUCAACAUUGUCGUUCCUCCUAAAUUUGCCACGGUGGACGAAGAGGAGAGCAAGGAAAUGGUUGACAACUUGUCAUAUCUGGAGGAGAGUCUUGUUCCCAAAACCAGUGCAGAGACUCAAGACAAUGACUUACUAUUCUCAGCAGAAACUGGUGAUCAGAUAAAGGUUUUACCUCCUACAGGUCCUGGUGCAAUGGACCCACCAGGAGCUCCAGUGGCCAGACCUCCAGUAAGAGAAGCAACUGGGAAUGUGGACUACUUUGAGGCAUUCUCUCUGAUUGAGGCCCAGGCUCCAGGAAGUCCUGCUGUGAUUCCACAAGGGCAGGAGGAGCAUGAGGCAAAAAAAGCCACUGACAACCUGGAUGCUGAGAAACCAGAGGCACCUGAAAAUCACACAAUGGCCAAAAGUGUGGACAUUGAUAAAUCAGACAUAGUGAGUUUAGAGGAAAUAACCAGUGAUCUCCUGGACGAUGUCUUCUAUGGUGGUACAGAAAACUUCACUUUAAAAAGUAUGGACAUUACUGACGAAGUCGGAGGAGCAAAAAGUCCAAUAUCUAGGCUUGUUUCCAAACCAAGUGGUUCGUCUUUGUUCGGUAGCCAAGAGGACAUCCUGACACCAAUCUUCCUACCUGAAGGACCACCAAAAAUUAUUGACCAAAUAUUGCUGGAAGAGCCGAAAGCCAUGGCUUUCCUUUACACUGACCUGUAUGAGGAAGCAUUGGGCAGUAGGAAAAAGGAGGAGGAUGCAGAGAGCACGACGUCUGAGAAAUCCUUCCAUAGCAGGCAUUCAGACCGAGAGGCCAGAGGUUAUUUAGAGAAAUUCGUCCUGAUCGAUGAGACUCCUGCAGUGGAGACAGAACAGCAAGAAAAAGAAAUUUUCACAUCAGAGGAAUCUCGAACUCUACCUCAAGAUAUGUAUGACUUUGAAGACAUUCUCGCCAAGUCUGAAAAAGAGAGGCAACACUCAGAUGAAGUCACGGACUUCUUCAGGUCUAGUGCCAAUUCUUCUCCCUGUGACGUAGAACCUUUCCCUCAAUCCCUAGAAGAGGACGACAUUCAAACAGCAGAGAGGAGCAUCAAGACUCAAAAAAGCGUUUCAAUAGCUGCAGAAAAAGUCUCAGAAACCCCAGUAGAUCCUCUCGCCUUUUCAAGCUAUGAGUUCCUGCCAGAUGAACCAGACUGGGAGGCUGUAGAUGAUGGUCCUACAGACCUGGACAGGAGAUCUAUUGGAGGAGAAGAACUGGGAAGGCAAGAGUCCGAGCUCAAUAAACCAAAUGUCCCUCCCAGGAAAAAGAAGACAUCCUCUUCUAAAUCAUGCUUGGAUCUAACACCUCUUACUCCGGUUGAUAUGAUUGCACAAGAGAAAGAGGAGGCUGGAGGAAAGGAGCACAGGGUGGAGGAAAAAGAGACAGCAUCACCUGCAGAGACUGCUGACGAAGGGGAUGGAAAUGAAGAAGACACUGUGGCGACUGAAUCUGAAGUUGCGCAACUUGACAGCGAUCCAGUUGAGUUGAAAACCGGGGCCCUGGAGAGUGAAAGCACCCAGGAGUCUGAUGAGAUGACUGUCACAGACGCAAAACCAGACGAAGAGGAAGAAACAAAACCGAAUGAAGAUAGAAGUGAGAGUCAAGCAGCAACGACCGCUACAGAUGUUGAGACAGAGGUUAAUACGGAGAAACAAGAAGACAGACCCACCACCUUACCAGCUGAUCCUGCUGUAAACAAAAGGCAGUGUGUGAUACUUUAGUUUAGCCAAAAAGCUACGUUUUAAAACCCACUAAAAUGUUCUUCCACACAGUUCCUACAGGUUAAAGUCAGGUUGUGUAACACAUAGAAUAAGUGGUUUUUGAGCCUCCACCACUUAGUUCUUUUGAGGUUUUGAUUGUUUUGCAACCCAAGGUUUUCAGGUAUGGAAUGGUACUGUCUAUUGUUUCAUACUAAUUGUGUCAGGCCACUUUGUACCUGCUCUGACAAUGAAUGAUUUACGGUCAUUCUCUUACUAGCAGGUCACACAGUUCUUUUGGCAUGAUCAAGGGUUGGGAUUUGUCAUAUGUUAAGAAUUAAUAGGCAAAAAUACAAAGUAAAUAAAAAAUACAAUUGCAACAUUUUCAGAAAAUACAGCAUUGUUUUAUGCUGUGCCGUGUGAAUCUAGUAUUUUUUUUUUACUGUGCGCUAGUUCAUUGGGCUCUGCACGCGUACAUGUGGAGUUCAUUUUUUGGUUGAUCUGGUACACUGUACACACCUGCACAGAUUUGAAUUCCCCCAGACAGUGGCAGCAAAUCCAGAAAAAAAGACACAACACCCUUGUUUGCAAACUUGCACCUGUCUAGUUUAUAUGAAUACAGAGAGGUAUACGGUAAGUGCAUUCUGAUUGCUGGAGCAGAUAGCCUGACUAAUUUAUCAGCUAAUAUCCGCUUGUUAUGUUUGUGUACGCUCUUAAGGGAUACAUUGUAAAAUAUUUUCAGAUUGUGUGGUUUGUUAAGCUUUUGAAAACUACUACUAAAUUUGACAGGUGUUUGUUUGAUACAUUUGUGGGCAGAAAAGCCAACGUAAUAUACAUUACCGAUUUCUUGGCUACAAAUACAACAACCAAAACAACAACAAAAAUUCAUAGUGUGAUGUAUUUUGUUUGAUUUUUUUGUGCUAUUUUUUUACUCUAGGUUUUCACAUUACAAAAAUAGUCCCACUGUGACUAAAUAUAUUUUAAAAAAAUGUUUUUAGUAUUAUUGUGCUUGGACUCUGCAUUAACUCAAAAUGAACAGCUGCUGUCACAUUGAUGCGUUAUGUUCCGUUUCUCCAGGUGAACCCAGUCGCUGCAGCAAUAAUGGAUGAUUCACAAGUAGGGGGGAAAGGUUUGGGUCACGAGUGCCAAUAAUAAUAAUAAUUUUAAAAAAGAUCUGAGAACAUGUGUGAUGUCAAGGUGCACCUUUGACUAAAAAUAAACCCGUCUGGCUGUUAAUAUGACACCACUUCUCCCCCGGCUUGUAAACAGCCAGGCCACAAGUUUGCAAUGCGUGCACAUAUUAAAAAUAAGGUACUAUAGCUAUAUUUGAUGUGUCUGUCUAACCCAUGACACGUUAUGAAACGUUUUACGAUGCGGAAUUGAAAUAAAUUAACAAUGUGUUCCUGUUCCGCUCCGGCACGACUCCUGCUGAGUCACAGUGCCCUUGAAAUAAUUUAUUAAAAACAUAUUUUGGGAGAAAACUCUCCUCAAGCGUUGUUUUUCACACUCUGGAUUUGCACCGAAAAGGCAGGAGAGGAAAGAAUUUCCCUUUUUUUGCAUGUGAGGUUGUGCUGCAGACCAGACGGUGAAUCUGGCCACAGGAACCCUCAAUCCUGUGGCUGCAAUGGACUUGCAGAGGACAAACACAAACAGGCCGUCAUGUAAAAGUGUAUAAAUAACAUUUCAACAGUGUUUUAAAGAAACAAAAAAAACAACUUCUUUAGAGAGGAGAUAAGUUAGAUUGCUGGAGUAAGUAGGGUAGGGCCAAAGUUGGACCUGCCAACUAUCUACUUUGCAAAUUCUUAGGCAGGUCUCAAUAACUUAAAAUAUCUUUGAAAAGUUUCUAUUUUAGUCAUUUGAUUCAAAAGCUGAAACUCUUCAGAUUUACCACUUACCCUUUGUAUUAGUCUUAUGUUAAAUUGUAUUUCUCAGAAAUAAAUGUUCUUUUUUUUGUUUUGUCGUAUUUUGCCCUUUAUUCCAUUGGACACCGAAUUGAAAACAGGCAACACUUACUGUUCAGAGUACUGCACUUGUUCCUGUGUAACGGACAUCUGCACUUUGUCUGCUUUCGUCCCUCUUUCUGUCUAUGAUUGUAAAUAUGCACAACAUUGGACCUUGUAAAAUAUUUUUAAAGUUAUUAAAUCUGGACUAA